AUGGACAUCACUAUGUGUGGAGAGACUUCCAAGGGAAGCCUCACCCCAGGAGGGGUGGCUGCCUUCUUUCGGUCAAAUGCUCGCCUGGAACCUCCCUCGAUAUUUAAAGUCGCCGACCCGGCCCUAGUCUUCACCUUCUGCCUCUGGCUCGCACUGAGGCUAGCAGUCCCCCGCAAGCUCACCAAUGAAACGGGGACGACGACGAGCUAUAGAGAGGUCUUCACCGUCCCCGCCGAUUCUGAUGUUGGACAACCCCUGCUACCGAACGUCGAGGACCCCGAGGCUGUCGAUGCGCAGAGCGUCUGCCCUGGAUACACGGCAUCAAACGUGCAAAACACUACCACCGGCUUCACGGCAGAUCUGAGCCUGGGCGGUGACGCCUGCAAUGUCUACGGCAACGAGAUCGAGCAGCUGACCCUGACCGUCGAGUACCAAGCCGCGGACCGUUUGCAUGUGGGGAUCCAGCCCCGGUACAUCGGGCCUGAAAAUGAGACGUGGUUCCUCCUCCCAGAAGCCAUUGUCCCCAAGCCGGCGUCAUCCAGUAAUGGAGACACGAGCCCUGCCAGCAGCGACUUUGAGCUGUCGUGGACGAAUGACCCUACAUUUUCGUUCACGGUGAAGAGAAAGUCCAGCGGUGACACUCUCUUCACGACUGAGGGCAGCAAGAUUGUGUACGAGGAUCAGUUCAUCGAAUUUGUGUCGCCUCUGCCAGAAAAUUACAACCUCUACGGUCUUGGUGAAGUUAUGCAUGGCUUCAGACUGGGAAAUAACCUUACAAGAACUUUCUAUGCGGCGGAUGUUGGAAAUCCGAUCGAUGAGAAUAUUUAUGGCGUGCACCCGAUUUUCCUAGAUACGAGGUACUUCCAGGACGUGGACGGACAACAAACCUAUGUAGCAAACGCCACUGACACGUCAGCGACGUAUAACACAUCAACCCAUGGAGUCUUCCAACGGAACGCUCAUCCCCAAGAGGUCCUGCUGCGGCCAGAGGGAAUCACCUGGAGAGCUCUGGGAGGCACGAUCGACCUGUACUUCUACUCUGGGCCAUCCGCAUCAGACGUGGUCAAGUCAUACCAGGUCAGCACCGUCGGCCUGCCGGCCCUCCAGCAAUACUGGACUUUCGGAUACCACCAGUGCAGAUGGGGGUACGAGAACUGGACCAGGCUGCAGGAGGUGGUCGACAACUUCGCCGCCUCCGACAUCCCCCUGGAGACGAUCUGGAAUGAUAUCGAUUACAUGAACCAGUACCGGGACUUCGACAACGACCAGAAGAGGUUCAGUUACGAGGAGGGCGCCGAGUUUCUCUCGAAGCUGCAUGCGAAUGGUCAGCACUACGUUCCGAUCGUCGACUCUGCGGUUUACCACCCGAACCCGGACAAUGCGAGCGAUGCGUAUGCGCCGUAUGACCGUGGGGUCGAAGCCGGUGCUUUCAUGAUGAACCCAGACGAGUCACUGUAUAUUGGCUCAGUCUGGCCUGGGUACACUGUCUUCCCGGACUGGGUCGGUGACUCUUUGGGCGCGACCAAUGGCUCAGGCGCCUUGAGCUGGUGGAGUAACGAAAUCACAAGCUGGUACCAGAACGUCUCCUUCGACGGGAUCUGGAUCGACAUGAGCGAAGUCUCGUCCUUCUGCGUCGGCAGCUGCGGCAGUGCUAACGUCUCUCUCAACCCCGCCCACCCACCUUUUCUGCUUCCAGGCGAACCAGGUAACGGUGUAUUUGGAUAUCCUGAAGGUUUCAAUCUCACCAAUGCAACCGAGGCUGCAGUGGCAUCGUCAGCGAGCGCGUCACAGGCCUCUGCCUCCUCGGCGACUGCGUCAAGUUCGUCAUCUACAACGACCUCGUACCUUCGCACGACGCCUACGCCUGGCGUCCGGAAUGUCAACUAUCCGCCCUAUGUCAUCAAUCAUGUGAGCGGCGACCUCGCAGUACAUGCGGUGUCACCAAAUGCAACCCAUCACGGCGGUACACAGGAGUAUGAUUUCCAUAACUUAUUCGGCCACCAAAUUCUCAACGCCACAUACCACGGCCUCCUCAACACCCUGCCCGGCAAGCGACCAUUCAUCAUCGGCCGCGCCACGUUCGCCGGCUCCGGCAAAUGGGCCGGACAUUGGGGCGGUGACAACUACAGCGUGUGGUCCUCCAUGGUGCUAGCCAUCUCUCAGGCGCUCUCGUUCAGCAUCUUCGGCAUCCCCAUGUUCGGGCCCGACGUGUGCGGCUUCGCCGGUAACUCCGACCUGGAGCUGUGCAGCCGGUGGAUGCAGGUCGGCGCCUUCUUCCCCUUCUACCGCAACCACAACACCCUCGGCGCGAGCUCCCAGGAGCCUUAUGUGUGGAAGAGCGUGGCAGCGGCGAGCCGCUCCGCCAUGGCGAUACGGUAUACUCUCCUCCCGUACAUGUACACCCUCUUCGCGGAGGCGCACUCGACCGGCAGCACGGUCCUGCGCGCGUUGGCGUGGGAGUUCCCCGAGGAGCCGUGGCUGGCGAACGCGGACCACCAGUUCCUUCUCGGUGGGUCUGUCUUGGUCACGCCGGUCCUGACGCAAGGUGCGGAAACGGUGGAUGGCGUCUUCCCCGGAUCGGGCGACGGCACUACUGUGUGGUACGACUGGUACAACCAGACUGCCGUCACGGGCGUGUCGAGGGCCCAGAACGUCACCAUCGACGCGCCGCUGGGCCACAUUCCAGUUUACGUACGGGGCGGAAGCGUUAUUCCAACCCAGCAGCCCGGUAAGACGACAGCAGAGAGUCGACAGAACCCGUGGGGCCUGCUUGUAGCACUUGACCUGCAGGGCACCGCUCAGGGGACUUUGUACCUGGACGAUGGCGAGAGCUUGGAACCCAACGCCACCACUUGGGUGCAGCUGUCUGCUUCCAACACCUCCGUCACUGCGCAGCCGACGGGCAACUACACGGACUCUGCCGCCCUGGGCAAUGUGACAGUCCUGGGCGUGACUGGCCAAGUGUCUGACGUGACGCUCAACGGACAGUCGGUGACGGAUGGUUGGUCUUGGGACAGUGCGACUCAAGUCCUCAGCAUUACAGGCCUCAACAACCUGACUUCCAAUGGAACGUGGAACUCAAACUGGGAGCUGCAGUGGAGCGUGUCUGGCAAUGGCUCCGGCUCCGGCUCCGGCCCCGGCUCUGGCUCGGCCAACAGCAGCUCUGGCUCAUCCGGCCAGGCGGGAGACGGCGACCAGUCGGCGUCCACUGGCGGUUCUGGCUAUGUGCUUGUUCCUGUAGCUACCUUGGUAGCCAUGCUCGUGGGUGCUUUGGUCAUGUUGUGA